CCUUCCCUGGAGGCUAAUAGAAUCCCCCUUCUCAGGGUUAGCGGUGCUCGGGUCCGGGAGCAACAUGGCGGCGUCCGUGAGGGGCUAGCUUUGGGAAAAUACAGUGUUUCGUGUCGCUGUCUUACGGGAUAUUGACAGACUGGAGCUUUCUGCGACCACCCGACUUAAGGAAGCGUGUACUGAUAGGUGAACAGCUUUAGUGACCGGCCGUCCGCUCUCAUCGCCAGUUGAGAGCAGAGGCUUGAGGACUGACCAGCAUGAGCAACAUCUACAUCCAGGAGCCUCCCACCAACGGGAAGGUUUUAUUGAAAACUACAGCUGGAGAUAUUGACAUAGAGUUGUGGUCCAAAGAAGCUCCUAAAGCUUGCAGGAAUUUCAUUCAGCUUUGUUUGGAAGCAUAUUAUGACAACACCAUUUUUCAUAGAGUUGUACCCGGUUUUAUAGUCCAAGGGGGAGAUCCUACUGGCACAGGGACUGGUGGAGAGUCUAUCUAUGGAGCCCCAUUCAAGGAUGAAUUCCAUUCACGGUUGCGUUUUAAUCGGAGAGGACUGGUUGCCAUGGCAAACGCUGGUCCUCAUGAUAAUGGCAGCCAGUUUUUCUUUACCCUGGGUCGAGCAGAUGAACUUAACAAUAAGCACACCAUCUUUGGAAAGGUUACAGGUGAUACAGUAUAUAACAUGCUGCGGCUAACAGAAGUAGACAUUGAUGAUGAAGAAAGACCACGUAAUCCACACAAAAUAAAAAGUUGUGAGGUUUUGUUUAAUCCUUUUGAUGACAUCAUUCCAAGAGAAAUAAAAAAGCCAAAAAAAGAAAAACCAGAGGAGGAAGUAAAGAAAUUGAAACCCAAAGGCACAAAAAAUUUUAGUUUACUUUCAUUUGGAGAGGAAGCUGAGGAAGAAGAGGAGGAAGUAAAUCGAGUUAGUCAGAGCAUGAAGGGAAAAAGCAAAAGUAGUCAUGACUUGCUUAAGGAUGAUCCACAUCUCAGUUCUGUUCCAGCUGUUGCAAGUGAAAAAGGUGAUGCAGCAGGAGAGUCAGAUGCUGAUGGAGAAUAUGAAAGUGCAGAGCAUGAUGAAUAUAUUGAUGGUGAUGAGAAGAACCUGAUGAGAGAAAGAAUUGCCAAAAAGUUGAAAAAGGACACAAAUGCAAAUGUUAAAUCAGCUGGAGAGGGAGAAGUGGAGAAGAAAUCAGUUAGCCGCAGUGAAGAGCUCAGAAAAGAAGCAAGACAAUUAAAGCGAGAACUCUUAGCAGCAAAACAAAAAAAAGUAGAAAAUGCAGCAAAACAAGCAGAAAAAAGAAGUGAAGAGGAGGAAGCUGCUCCGGAUGGUGCUGUUGCAGAAUACAGACGAGAAAAGCAGAAGUAUGAGGCUUUGAGGAAGCAGCAGCCAAAGAAGGGAACUUCCCGGGAAGACCAGACCCUCGCGCUGCUGAACCAGUUUAAGUCUAAACUCACUCAAGCCAUUGCUGAAACUCCGGAACAUGACGUGUCUGAAACAGAAGCAGAAGAUGACGAAGGAUGGAUGUCACAUGUACUUCAGUUCGAGGAUAAAAGCAGAAAAGUGAAAGAUGCAAGCAUGCAAGACUCAGACACGUUUGAAAUCUAUGAUCCACGGAAUCCUGUGAAUAAAAGAAGAAGGGAAGAAAGCAAAAAGCUGAUGAGAGAGAGAAAAGAAAGAAGAUAAAUGAGAGUAAUGAUAACUAGAACUAGCUGGAAAUGUGCCUGCAAUACAUGGCCUUCUAACAGCCAUUAUUCCCAACAGCAUCACUUAAGGGUGUGAAAAGAAGUAUUUUUGAACCUGUUGUCUGGUUUUGAAAAACAAUUAUCUUGUUACAUUAAUUGUGGAAUGAUGUAAGCAUAUGCUUUUGGUUACUGGUACAUGCUUUUUUUCCUAAUUGACCUUUUAUAUUGCUAAAUCUGAAAUAAAAUCACUUUCCUUCCAGUUUACAUGUUAA